CGGGGACUGCCACGCUCCGCGCAGUCCCCAGCCCUGCGCCUGCCGCGCCCGCACCCGCGCCGCAGAGCUGCCCAUGGCUGACUUGAGCUUCAUUGAGGAUGCAGUCGCCUUCCCUGAGAAGGAGGAAGACGAGGAAGAGGAGGAGGAGGAGGGCGUGGAGUGGGGUUACGAGGAAGGUGUUGAGUGGGGCUUAGUGUUUCCUGAUGCUAAUGGGGAGUACCAGUCGCCUAUCAACCUGAACUCCAGAGAAGCCAGAUAUGACCCCUCGCUACUGGAUGUCCGCCUGUCUCCGAAUUACGUGGUGUGCCGGGACUGUGAAGUCACCAACGAUGGACACACCAUUCAAGUCAUCCUGAAGUCGAAAUCAGUUUUGUCAGGAGGACCGCUGCCUCAGGGACAGGAGUUUGAACUGUAUGAAGUUAGAUUUCACUGGGGAAGAGAAAACCAGCGUGGCUCUGAGCACACGGUCAAUUUCAAAGCCUUUCCCAUGGAGCUCCACCUGAUCCACUGGAAUUCCACGCUGUUCGACAGCAUCGAUGAGGCGGUUGGGAAGCCCCAUGGCAUUGCCAUCAUUGCACUGUUCGUUCAGAUAGGGAAGGAACAUGUUGGCUUGAAGGCUGUAACUGAGAUACUCCAGGAUAUUCAAUAUAAGGGAAAAUCCAAAACAAUUCCAUGCUUUAAUCCUAAUACUUUAUUACCAGACCCUCUUCUGCGGGAUUACUGGGUCUAUGAAGGAUCUCUUACUAUCCCACCUUGCAGCGAAGGAGUUACCUGGAUAUUAUUCCGAUACCCUUUAACUAUAUCCCAGAUGCAGAUAGAAGAAUUUCGAAGGCUGAGGACGCAUGUUAAGGGGGCAGAACUUGUCGAAGGCUGUGAUGGGAUUUUGGGAGACAAUUUCCGACCUACCCAGCCCUUGAGUGACAGAGUCAUCCGAGCAGCAUUUCAGUAGCCAGAGAGACUAGGAACAAACCCAUCGACAUCAGGGAAGAAGACAAUGGUCCCAUGGAGUCCUUUGAUGAAGAGUGGGAACUCUUGAGUGGCAGCUUCCUUUUAACCCUCAAGCCUGCAUUAUCUUCAGUUACUGCAGCUUUGAUGGAUAUCUGUGACCAUUGUCUGUAAACAUGCUGUUAUGAAAUAUUAGAAAUGGCUGUUCAUUGUAAAGAAAAUCAGUGUGUAUGCACACACCACAGCUUCUAGAAUUCAUACUUUUGCACAUACUGCUUGUUGCUUAUGUGUAGAAAGAAUAAAAGUAGUUUUCAGACUUAUUAAUAUGAUUGUAUCAUAUAUGAAAUAAGAAAAACACAUUCCCAGAACCAAGUCGUCCAUUUUUUUCUGUCUGUAUUAGAAAAUAUGCUCACUAGUGUAUUUCUUGGUAAUAAAGAGUUUUGAUCUACAACAGCUUAGAACAUCAAAACACAAUAUGAAGGAGUCAUAAAAAUUAUCUCGUUUUUUUUUCAAUAAUCGCACCAAAUUAAAUGUCAAACUGUUUUGUCAUGGAAAAAAAUUUCAAGUUAAUGCAAAAUACUUUCCAUAUUAUUUUUAAAAAAAGAAUUUAAUUGACUCUAAUAUAGUUAUGGCAUAUCUGAAAGUAUGGCUUCUGUAGAGUUAAGAAUAGAAUAAAAGUAGAUAGGAAGAAAGAUGGGGACAGCAUACCAGUAAUAGCGUUUUCGUGAUAGAAAUACAAAUCCAUUAGUAUACUCUGUUAAUUUAGUAUUGUACAUUUUGUAAGUCUCCAAAAUACUUUACAAAUUGCACUUCUGUGGUGAGGAAAGAUAAGGGUCAACCAUACCCUGUUUUUUCAAUUAAGCUCAUCCUUAGUCAUAUCCUCGUUCAGUGUGACAGAAUGGUGUAAAGUGGUAGAGAUAAUGGAAGAAAUCAGAACUUCCCAAAUAAAUUUUAUUGGCUGUUUUAAUUGUUACGAAAAGAAACAACUUCAAAAUAACAAUCUCAAUUUGGAGGGAUUGUGUGCUGGUAGCUAGAAUAAGCACCCAUUCAGAGGUUUUAGAUCUGUUGGGUAAAGGCCACAUUAAGGGAAACAAUAAAAAUAAAAAUCACAAGAGAUCUCCCUUAAAACAGAAGCAAAAAAGAUUAUACAUAGAGUCUUGGGCAGGAAGGAAAACUAGAGCCAUGGUCACGAGGGAAAUGGAGUACAGGAAGGGUCAGUAUCCCUGGAACACAACAGAGCAGUCACACACAGGGCCUCUGAUGAGAAAGAGGGGGCCUGGAUCCUGCCUUUUUGAACUUUUAUUAUUUGCUGAAAUGAAAAUGUUAAAAUGUAGGUUAAACAAACAAACAAACAAACAAACAAAAAAUAAAUCCUGCAAUUGAAAUCUUUACAUCUUCCAAGCUAGCACUGUGAGAUCCAUGUUCAGCCGUGGCUAUGGGGACAUCAUAGUUUAUAGCUAAUGGACUAGACUGAAAGGCCUUCAUGGGUGGUAGUUAAAUGGUUCUCCUAGUGCUACUUUGGUAGACCAGUGAUUGAGACACAGUCAUCUAUGAGGGUCUAGGUCUCCACUCCUACAGAGCUGACCUGAACUUGGAUUUUCAUGUCUCAUCCUUCCUAUACUCUCCACCCGUCUUACUCUGAAAUAUAUAAAGUGGAAAAUGUAAUAACAAAACUAAUAUAAUUGUCUUCCAGAGUGAUAUCUAGCUGUCAUAAGAAUUUCAUAAAGCAAUCAAAUUUGAUUUCUGAGUUUUUUCUUAAAUGACCAUUUAAGAUUAAUAUCCAUGGCGAGUUUUGUAGAGGAAAUUUAAUCCAGCAACAUGACUGCUCUGGAAAGAGAUCACAUCCAAAUACUUUCUAGAUCUGUGUGAUCCAGCCAGAAUGAUAUAAUCCCUCUGGCUGGAAUACAGAUACGCCCUUAGUGCACACCCUUAAUCCCUAACAAUGUAGGUAAUAUUCGUUUGCAGAAGGAAGCAGCUGAAAGUGAUGUCUAAUAAAGGGGUAGACAAAGUUACAAAUCAAAGAAAGAUUUGACAGAAUGAGUCAGAGAUAGGAUAUGCCAAACUCUAAGGAGACCAUUACUGGUGGGGGUGAGGGAAGUUCAGGGAGUACAGUUCAGUUGAGUUCAGGCAACACAGUGUUGUUCAACUGAGUGGAAUUUGGUGCAGUUCAGUUGAAUGCAGUUGAGUUCAGUUGAGUUUGUGAAGUUCUGUUCAGUUCCAUUCAGUUCCUGCAGCAAUACGGUUCAGUUUGUGGAACUCAAGAGUUAAGUUUAUCCAAGCAGAGCAAUUCAGUGAGAAGCCAAGAGGAUCCAGUUUGAAUUAGUCAUCUUGGAGAUGAGUUUGAGUCAGAACAGCUGGGUUGAAUCAGCCAGCCAGACAUCAGAAAGAACUAAAAAGGAUGAUUUUAUUCAGCAGUAAGCCUCUGAGAUGACAGUUACAUCUGGCAAAUAAAAGGUACUUUUACAGAGGCUUUAUAGUCUUUAUAUUCUUUCUAUCGCUUUGGUUCCCUUUUUUGAGAGAAAUUUUCACUGUGUAGCUCUGGUGGUCUUGCCCAUCUCUGUGUAGACCAGACUGGCCUUAACCUCACAGAGAUCUGCCUGACUCUGUUGGAGUUGAUAUGUGCCACUAAGCCCAACCUGUAUUUUUAUGUAUGAAAAUCCCCCCAAGUGCUAAUUGCAACUGAUUCAGAAUAGAAACAUUAGUGUGUGUUUAUAUGAAUGGAUUUGAAAGUCUAAUUCAUCCAUCAAUAAAACUGUAAAUAACCA